AUGACAAAGAAAGAGAAACAGAAAUUGGUUUCAGAGAAAUGUCAGUCCAUUUUGGUUACACUUCUUCGCGAUGAGGACAACAAGUAUUGUGUCGAUUGUGACGCCAAAGGACCAAGGUGGGCCUCUUGGAAUUUAGGCAUCUUCUUAUGCAUCCGAUGCGCGGUUAUACCGUUAACGCUGUUGUGUUGUGAACACAGGUAUCCACCGCAACCUCGGUGUCCACAUAUCACGUCAUUUCAGACAACCUGCGGACCUGAGGGCUUGUCUAGCGAACUUUUGUACCCUUUGAGUUUCCGGUCUCGGCAUAUGCUCCGGUUGGAAGGGCUGUUGAAAGCCGCGGGCGUCUGGCACUCAUCUCUCGAAGCCUUCGUUAGAGCUAAAUAUGAACAGAAGAAAUACAUCGCUAAAGAAUGGGUGGAACCGCCGCCCCCUAAACCAGCCUUUGAUAUCGAAGAGGAAUUACGCAAAGAAAAAGAGAAAAAACGCAACAAAAAUAAGAGUUUUCAAAGCAGUGGAACUGUUGGUGACAUUCAGGCCAACCCUCUGCCCCGACCCUCAAACUCAAACUCAACUCUUGUUACGACUGCUAUAAACGCCGAGAAAAUCGUACAAAAGACUGAAAACGGGAAAACUAGUGACGAUCUCUUAGGACUUGAUAUGAAUAGCACAGCAAACGCGAGACCAGAUGACGACUCUUUUGGUCUAUUCGUUAGUUCUCUUCCCUCUAAAGAAACUAAUUGUGAGAUUAAAGCGGAAUCUAAGGCUACAUCAAACGAAGAAUCGGAUUUCUUCAACCAAAAAGCGCCCACCGAUGACAAGAAGGUUAUGUCUAAAGAAUCCAUUUUAUCACUUUAUGGAAGCGCUCCCCCGCCUUCUUUGCCGCCAACUCAACAGCCAAUUGGUUCGCAGAGCACACCAUUCAAUGGUUUAAACUCAUCGCUAUUUAUGGGACAAUUUGUGCCUAACUCUCAACCCAUGGCAUCGCAAACACCGAACCCAAUGUUUGUGUCACAAAACACUGGCAUCGAUCCAUUGCAGGCACCGAUGGGUCAGACAUCGAAUUUAAUGAGUCAAUCUAACUUUCCCUUAACGACAAACCCUUUUCUCGCUAACACUUCAAAGGGCUCUAACUUUGGUCAGCAAACUGUCCAACAGUUACCACAACAUAUGGCAACUCUUCAAUUGAAUCCAAUGCCUGCGUCCAAUCCUAACACAAAUCCGAUCCCAAACAACAAUUGGUUUCAAAUGGGGCCGCAGAGCACUGGUCUGCCAGUGCCUCAACCCGGAGGCAUCAAUCCAUUCAUGACAGGCGCUCCGAUUCCUGCCGGCGUUCCCUUUGGUAAUAACUUUGGAAGCGCUGGUUUAAACUCAGGCUCAAUGUUUCCUCAAACAGAUAACAGCGGCUCUCAAUGGGCUUUCAAUGGCAACCAAACUCUUAACCAAUCUUCAGGAGUGACCGCUUCUACCAAUUUGUGGCAAUAACUCGACACUUGUUUGCAAUUCAUUGUUAAUGGAUAUUAUCUUUUAGUUUAUUAUAAAGCGCCCGAAAUAUUGAAUUAAUAUAAUAUUUAUUUUAAAUUAAUGUUUAAAUUUUGAGGACUAAUUUUGAAUGAAAUAGUCAUAAAAAGCCAUAACUCAAUGUAUUGUACGCGAAAUGUACUGCAAAUCGCUUUUAUACAAUGAAAAGUGUUUUUGUUUUGUUGAUAAUUGUUCACCAAUUGUGUCGACACUUGC